UUUCCCGAAUAUUACUAUGGUGUUGGCUUCUAUCACCUGGCGUGUUAUUGAAGGUUCUUUGUGGGAGACCGUCUGUUGCUGUGUGCUCUAUAUUCUGAACCCGCUGAGGUCAUUUUGGGUUACACCAUUAGCCACAGGUGAACCAGAUACAAUUCUGAAGUAUAUUAAGACUCCCCAUGCUGGCCAUGCAGUAUUUAUGGCAGUAAUGUAUUCAGUCCUUUUAGCGGAACAUUUCGAAGACAUCAACACAGUCACCAGAACUGUCUUCUUUUGUACACUUGUCCUGGUGUGUCUCCUCUUCAUCACACAAUUGACUAAAGAGAAGAUGCUGUCAUGCUCUGGAGAGUUAUGCAGAAAGGUGUACAGUAAAGUUCAGCCGCUUGUAGCUACUUGUAGCUUUUCAUUGCUGCCUGCAUUGCAGCUCGCCCUUCUGCUCUACACUUGCUUUGACUUCGGUGCUGUGUUUAUCAUUACAGUUCUGACAGUAGUUCCUGGGAUUCAUCACUGUUUUGGCAGAAUAAGUUGGAUAAACCGAUGCUGUCUUUGUGUAUAUAAACUGAUAUGGUUUAUGAUGAUUGUGAUGAGUGGAGCAAUGGUGUAUUUUUACACGAGAAUCUUGAGAAUUGAAAAAGAGGGUGCGGGACUGGUUUGUGCAGCAGGAAUUCUUCAAGCAUUGUGGAUGGUCGCAUUUUCAGAAGACCCUGUCCAUUAUCCGAAUCUUCUCAAAAGAAAAAAGUUUUUCCUCUUCGGAUCAGCUGGUCUUGUUUUAUCGAACUCUGUUGUACUGAUGACAGAAGUGAUAAUAAAUGGCGUUAAAGGUGAACGUCUGAUUGGAGAUUUAAGAGUUGUUGUCGUUCCAUCUGAGUGGCUGUUCACCACAUUACCACUGCUGAGUUUAUCCAUCUAUGCACAAUGCAAACCUGACAGCACGCAGUCUAAGGAAGAUUUUCAGUCACCAGAUUCUAAAGGGACUCCUGCUCUAGAGUACAUCAGUAUAACAGUGGACGAGAAGAAAGAAGAAUCCCAUGAAAUGGAAACUCUGGGAGAAGUAGCUGGGAACCUUAAAGAGCAAGAGGAUGAGAAUGGCUGAAACAUGGCCUUAGCCAAUCAUAAUCGCUUACCUCGUUAUUAAAGGAGUAGUUCACUUUAAAAGAAAACUUUUGCUGAUAAUUUACUCACGCCCAUGUCAUCCAAGAUAUCCAUGUCUUUCUUUCGUCAGUCGAAAAGAAA